GCGUGGCCAGAGAGCGCUAUGAAGAGCCGGCGGCGGUGGCGGUGGCGCUGGCAACAGCGGCGCUUCGCCGUGGGCUUGGUGCUCUACACGCUGCUGCUCCUGCUGCUGGUGUCCUACAUGCUGGACUACGGAGCCAGCAGGAGGGGGCGCGCGGGCGAGGGUUUGCUGCUGCCCCGCCGCUGCCCCAGCCUGGAGGAGGCGCUCGGCGACUGGAGCUGGGAAGGGCAGCCGCCGCCCGCCGAAGCCGCCGCCGCCGCCGCCGCCCGCCACGGAGCAGCGGGGAACGGGAGCGAGGCCGGCCCGGGCACCCGGGCAGGCGGGAAGCGGCACAUUUACUUGCACGCCACCUGGCGCACCGGCUCGUCCUUCCUGGGAGAACUGUUCAACCAGCACCCGGACGUUUUCUACCUGUACGAGCCCAUGUGGCACCUGUGGCAGGCGCUGUACCCGGGAGACGCGCUGAGCCUGCAGGGCGCCCUCCGGGACAUGCUGCGCUCGCUCUUCCUCUGCGACUUCUCCGUGCUGCGCCUUUACGCGGCGCCGCCCGGCCCCCGCGACCCGCUCGCGCCCUUCCCCGCCGCCUCGUCCGGGGGAAAGUCCCACAACCUCAGCACGGCCAGCAUCUUCGGCUGGCGGACCAACAAGGUGAUCUGCUCGGCGCCGCUGUGCCCCGACGCGCCCUGGGCCCGCGCCGAGGUGGGCCUCCUCGACGGCGCCGCCUGCGAGCGGAGCUGCCCGCCGCGGCCGCUGCGGGAGCUGGAGGCCGAGUGCCGAAAGUACCCGGUGAUGGUGAUCAAGGACGUGAGGCUGCUGGAGCUGGGCGCGCUGCUGCCGCUGCUGCGCGACCCGGACCUCGACUUACGCGUGGUGCAGCUCUUCCGCGACCCCCGCGCCGUCCACAACUCCCGCCUCAAGGCCAAGCAGGCUCUGCUCCGGGAGAGCAUCCAGGUGCUGCGGAGCCGCCACCGCGCCGAGCCCCGGGGACUCCCCCACCGGCAGCUCCUGCUCCCGCCCGCCGCCGCGGCUCUGGCCGGCCUCGGCGGCGUCCGGGCGCACCAACAGCACCGCGCCGAGUUCUUCCUGGGCGGCGCCCUCGAGGUGAUCUGCCAGGCCUGGCUGCGCGACCUGCUCUUCGCCCGCCGCGCGCCGGCCUGGCUGCGCGCGCGCUACACGCAAUUGCGCUACGAGGACCUGGUGCUGGAGCCGCGCGCCCAGCUGCGCCGCUUGCUGCGCUUCGCGGAUCUCCCGGCGCCGGCCGCCCUCGAGGAGUUCGUGCUCAACAUGACCCGCGGCGCCGCCUACUCCUCGGAGCGCCCCUUCCUCAUCUCCGCCCGCGACGCGCGCGAAGCCGUCCACGCCUGGCGGGAGCGCCUCAGCCGGGAGCAGGUGCGCCAGGUGGAGGCGGCCUGCGGCGAGGCCAUGGACCUCCUCUCGUACCCGCUCAGCAGCGAGGAGGGCGGUCGGCGUGGGGCCACCGGGGGGCGCCCGACUGCUCCUCCACAUCCAGGCUAAUUGGCUGGCAGCUGGCUUACGACACAGGAGGGGAGCUAUGCAUUCCAUAAGACACUGAAUAUGUCAGUGAAUUGCAACUUCUACUGUAGAUACUGCACGGCAGCAGAAGAAAUGGACUAGCUUUAACGAAAUGGACAUUAUAAAAAGAACUUCCCAUAAGGAAAGUGACAUGGUGCAAUAUGAUAACUGUGGCCCUCCACUUUUGAAGUGCUUUAUCUUCUGUCUUCUCUCUGCCAGUGUGUUGUCAGUUAUAAGUGCUAUUGCUUAUGACAAGUCUUUUUUUUUCUUUAAUACUAUCAAUACUUGGACAAUCAUCUACCACAUGAAUAGAAACACAAGCACAGUGUUUACGGCUGACAUGCUGUUUUUAUAACCCUUACAUUUGCUGUUCAUUUCAAAAAGAGGAAAUUUAUCAGUAAUGUGACCCACUAACAGAAGACUGCUGAUGACUUGCAAAGCUAGACACAGCAACUGCAAACCAUCUCUUUGCAAUAUAAAUGCUGAAGCUGCAGCACAACUGCCCAAACACAAAAUUCCCACUGAGUUUAUUUUUAAUUUAAAAAGAAAACACAAAAAACUUAAAAGGGAACAUUGUAGUGAUUGUUACUAUGGUCCGUACUUGUAAAAUAAUAUUAUUACAGUAAUAGGAAGGUGAUUGUGUUUAAACUGACAUAUUAUUGAUCCUUAAAUUGAUCCUUUCUCACAGAAGAGAGAGAUAUGUUGUAAUAUCAGAAAGACAAUUCAAAUUUAAAUUUGAGGUUUUCAAAGCAGAGCUACCAUAUUCUGUUAAUGAGGAUCUGGUUUUUUAAAGUGUCAUUUUCUUUACAGCAGAUUAAUAAAUUAUGAACAUACUGACUUUGCUAAAUUGUUACCAGAAUACUUGCUUGGGCUUUUAAUAUACCAAACUACAAAAGUGGUCUCAACUAUCAGACUGAGAAGUAGGCAUGGUCUUAUCACUUUAUCCUGCUCUGUUCCAGAAGUGUAAAAAAAAGGGAUGCUUCCAGAUGGAGGUCUCCUAGCACUGCCAAUCAGAAGACAUUAUGCAGCUAUUCCGUAUUUACCUCAACAGAUUUUCUGUAGUAAAAAUGAUGGAAGAAGCAGUGGGAAAGCAUAGGUUUACAAAUGGAAGAUGUCAUCCAUCCACCCACCCACCUGCCCCAUGAAUUAGGCAGGGCAAUGAUGUGAUAAAAGCUUCAUUGAAAAGCACUCAAGGUUUACAAAAUAGAUUAAAACCAGGACCAGUCUGUUGGUCUGUAUCAGAUGUAUUGUAGCUUGGCCCACAACUCUGUGUCUAGCUUUUCACUUCAUUUGCAGCAUGCUGAAAGGCUGUUGGCUUUCAAUAUCUUCUAAAACAAAUAUUCCUCCUGUGGUAAACACAAUCAAAAUAUACCUUUGUUGUUGGAAAAGAGGCACGUGAUGCACAAACGGAGCUUGAACCUGAGUGACAAAAGUAUAGCUGCAACCCUGGGUCCAUCCUAUGCCUUCGUUCAAUAGGGUUUACUCUAUUGAAAGUGGAUGAACCGCUUUGUUCAAAAGAGUUUACUCAUAAGCAAAUGUGUGUAAGAUUGCAGCUAUAGACUUGCACCAUGGGACAGACUUUUUUUUUUUUUUAGUGUGGGAUGAUUGUUAUGGAGCAAGUUCAUAUUUCAGUAGGGACCCAAAAAGUGUGUGUUCUCUGAUGUUCAAUCAGUACCAGAUUCACCAACUAAAUAUAGUACAUCUCAGAAAUUAAAA